GACUCCAAACUAAAGUGUAAACCGAGAGCCGUACUUAAUAUUUUGAGUUUCAGAACUAUUCUAGAUCUAGAUCUAGAGAGGAUAAGUCUACGUUCUAGAAAAAUAAGCAGGUGGUUUGGUGUUAGUAAACUUUGAACAUGAAUUCUCUAGAAGAAUUACGAACCAGGGUCAACCUCACAGAAUAUACCGUUGACAACGUCAACAGUACUUGUUUUCCUGGGACAUAUGCUGGAUAUGAUGAUUUCUGGAGUCAAGAAAAAUUUGAAGAGACAUUCCACAUUGAUAUUGUUAGCCUGUCUGAGAAUGAAAUGGAAUUUGACAUGGUGGGUGUGGAUGCUGCUAUAGCUAAUGCUGUCAGAAGAAUUCUUCUUGCAGAGGUUCCAACUAUGGCUAUUGAAGCUGUCCAUGUAUGGAACAACACAUCCAUCAUUCAAGACGAAGUAUUAGCACACAGGCUUGGGCUCAUACCCAUCAAGGCAGAUCCAAGACUUUUUGAAUAUCGACCAGCAGAUUCUGAGGAAUCAUCUAGUGAGGACACACUACAGUUUAAGCUGAAAGUCAAGUGCACCAGAAACAACAUAACAUCAGAUGCUACUGACCCUGAUAUCUUAUACAAAAACCACAAAGUUUAUACCAAGGACAUGGAGUGGGUACCUCUCCCUGGACAAGAACAUUUAAGAAGCAAACAGAUUCGACCAGUUCAUGAAGAUAUUCUAAUCACUACUAUGAGACCUGGACAUGAACUUGACUUGGAACUUUUCUGUGUCAAAGGUUUGGGAAAAGAUCAUGCUAAAUUUUCUCCAGUUGCCACAGCUUCUUACAGACUCCUGCCAGAGAUUCAUUUGAUUAGAGAGUUCUAUGAUGAUCAAGCCGAAAAGCUUCAAAAGUGUUUCUCUCCUGGAGUAAUAGAGUUAGAGGAAUCAGAGGAUGGGAGACAAGUUGCCAGGGUUGCUAACCCUCGUCUAGAUACAUGUAGUCGUAAUGUUUUCCGUCAUGAUGAUUUGAAAGAUGGUGUCAAGCUCCAGAAAGUCAGGGACCAUUUUAUUUUUUCAGUUGAGUCUACAGGCAUACUUCCAGCAGAUGUGUUGGUGUCAGAAUCUAUUAAAGUUCUAAUUGGAAAAUGUCAAAGAUUUCUACAAGAACUCGAUGAUGUCACCAAAACAAAGAAAAAAGGGAAAAAAACAUAAGUGUUAUAAUAUUUACUAUUUUUUGUUGUUGUAAAUAAAUUAAAAUAAAUACUUCUUUAA